UGGAUUAUAAAUGCGGCAUGGAUGCCUUUAGAAAGCCCUUUCCAAACUCAGAAGGACGCUGUAGCUGAAAGAAAAGGGGCCGGUCACUACUGCAAUAACUAUGGCACCAGCUGGAGCAAAGAGAGGCAUUUUGGAGCGUCUGGAUGCAGGAGAGGUCGUUCUCGGAGACGGAGGCUUUGUCUUCGCCCUGGAGAAGAGAGGUUAUGUCAAAGCUGGACCGUGGACACCUGAAGCUGCUGCCGAGCACCCCGAAGCGGUGCGGCAGCUGCACAGGGAGUUCCUGAGGGCAGGCUCCAAUGUUAUGCAAACCUUUACUUUCUACGCAAGCGAUGAUAAACUCGUGAACAGAGGCAACACUCAGCGCUUCACUGGGCAACAAAUCAAUGAAGCAGCCUGUGACCUGGCCAGGGAGGUGGCCAAUGAGGGUGAUGCUUUGGUGGCCGGUGGUGUCUCCCAGACCCCCUCUUACCUCAGCUGCAAAAGUGAGGAUGAUGUCAAGGCCAUCUUCAAGAAACAGAUGGAUGUCUUCAUCCAGAAAAAUGUGGACUUCUUGAUUGCAGAGUACUUCGAGCAUGUGGAAGAGGCUGAGUGGGCAGUUCAGGUUCUGAAGUCCUCCGGCAAGGCUGUGGCUGCAACUAUGUGCAUCGGACCUGAUGGAGACCUGAAUGGAGUCAGCCCUGGAGACUGUGCUGUGAGACUGGUCAAAGCUGGAGCUCAAAUUGUUGGCAUCAACUGCCACUUUGACCCUGAGAUCUGUGUGAAAGCUGUGAAGAUGAUGAAGGCAGGAGUGGAGAAGGCUGGGCUGAAGGCUCACUACAUGUGCCAGCCACUGGCGUACCACACUCCUGACUGCAACCGCCAGGGAUUCAUUGACCUGCCAGAGUUCCCCUUUGGUCUGGAGCCGAGGAUCCUGAGCCGAUGGGACAUGCAGAAAUAUGCCAGGGAAGCGUUCGAUGCUGGCAUUCGUUACAUCGGAGGCUGCUGCGGGUUUGAACCCUAUCACGUUCGUGCCCUGGCUGAAGAGCUGGCAACUGAGAGGGGUUUCCUGCCUGUUGGCUCUGAGAAGCACGGCAGCUGGGGAAGCGGCCUGGAGAUGCACACAAAGCCUUGGGUCAGAGCCAGGGCCCGUCGUGACUACUGGGAGACGCUGAAGCCUGCGUCCGGCCGUCCCCUCUGCUCCUCCAUGUCCACACCCGACGGCUGGGGUGUCACCAAAGGCCACGCUGACCUGAUGCAGCAGAAGGAGGCCACUUCCCAAGAGCAGCUGAAGGAGCUCUUUGACAAAGCCAACAAGGGCCACUAAAGCUCUCCUCUGAAGGCGGCUGACGGGUGGCAUGUGUGAAGGCAUCCUCACACAUUCCCUAAGUUUACAUACCAAAAAAAAAAGCUUAAGAUGCUGAAGUUCUUUCUGUCUUUUAAGGACCUUUUUUUACUAUGUAGAAGACUGAUAUCAUAUGCUGACAAUGUAGGUUUCCAGCCUUAAGCUUCAAGUGCCUGUUUCAGUCAGAUUAGCACAUAUUUGAGCCUUAUGAAAUUACUGUGACUACAAAACACUCCAAAAGUGCCUGAAAAAUGUCUUACAAAAUCAGGUGUAGCAAUAAAUUUCCAACUGAAUGAA